GCGGCGGCAGCGGCUGCGGGCGGCAGCGGCGGCGGCAGGAGCCCGAGCAGGGGCCGGGGGUGCCAUGGCCCCGGCCGCGCGCCCCCUCCUCCCGUGAAGGCCGCCCGGGCCGGGGGAUGGCGGCGCUGCCCGGGCCCCUGCCGCGGCGCCCCUGACUCGCGCAGCCUGGCCCGGCCUGGCGGGGCGCGGGGACAGGAUGGCCGGGCUGGCGUGCAAGUGCCCGCGCACCCGCCUGCCCGUGGGAGCCAGCGCCUUGGGCGCCUUCGUCCUCUGCUGGCUCUACGUCUUCCCCGCCUACCGCCUGCCCGCCGAGAAGGACAUCGUGCAGGGGGUGCUGCUGCAGCAGGGCAAGGCGUGGAGGAGGAACCGCACCGCCGGCACCGCCUUCAGGGAUCACCACUUCCAGCCAAUGUAGACAGCAGAGGUACAGUGAAACUGCUGGAAGACUGUUGUGAUCCUGGUCAUCUCUUUGCUAUGACAAAACACAAUUCCCCCAUGGGAAAGAACCUCUGGUUUGAUGGGGAAUUCUUAUACUCCUUCACUAUUGACAAUGCAACUUACUCCCUUUUCCCAAAGGCUACCCCAUUCCAGUUGCCAUUGAAGAAAUGCUCCGUGGUGGGAAAUGGUGGGAUCCUGAAAAACAGCGGCUGUGGGAGACAAAUAGAUCAAGCAGAUUUUGUCAUGCGGUGCAACCUUCCUCCUCUCUCCAGUGAAUUCAGCAAAGAUGUUGGAUCAAAAACCCAGCUGGUGACUGCAAAUCCCAGUAUAAUUCGGAAAAGAUUCCAGAAUCUGCUUUGGUCUAGAAAAGCAUUUGUGAACAGCGUUAAAGUCUAUAAUCACAGCUAUAUCUACAUGCCAGCCUUCUCCAUGAAAACAGGAACAGAACCAUCACUCCGUGUCUACUACACUCUGGAGGACUUUGGUGCUAGUCAAACAGUGCUUUUUGCCAAUCCCAAUUUCUUACGUGACAUUGGCAAGUUCUGGAAAAGCAAAGGAAUCCAUGCUAAGCGGCUCUCCACAGGCCUCUUCCUGGUCAGUGCAGCCCUAGGUCUGUGUGAAGAAGUCACGAUUUAUGGCUUCUGGCCUUUCUCAGUGGAUCUGCAUGGGAGGUUUAUUAGCCAUCAUUACUAUGACAACGUUUUGCCUGAUUCUGGAUUCCAUGCCAUGCCAGAGGAAUUUCUACAGCUCUGGUUCCUUCAUAAAAGUGGCGUCUUGAGAAUGCAGCUAGAACAAUGUGAGAAGCCUUCACUCCAGUCUGCUGUCUGAGAACUGUAGAGAACAGCUUGAGGAUCUUACCUGUUUUACUUUCAUGUUCUCCAAAAAUAAUUUUUUAAAAGGGAAAAUACUUAUAGAUCUGCAUGAACUAUACAAAUGCUACUGGUUACAGUGAUGAUGACUUGAAGGCCAAAUGAGAGUCAAGUCUUAUACAUUAUGGGUUAUGGAAGUGGGAAUUCAAAAAGCUCUUCAUGGAAUCCAGUCAGCAGUAUUAUCAAAACACUGUUGAAAACAAAACAGCUGAGCUUGCUGGGUCUGCAUUUUAAAAGAUCAGUGUAAAAGGGGCAUUAAGGAUUGGAGGGAGGCUACAAAGGGCUUUUGCUGACAGUGCCAAAUAAAACUGUCUUUUCCAAAUUCCAUUUAAUUCCAGUUUGGCACCUAUACGAUUUUCUCUUUUUCUUUUUUUUGUUAAAGCUGCAGCUGCUGAGGUUCACCAGCCCCCAGUGACUUCAAGGAGACCCAAGGGUGCUCAGAAUCUGGUAGAAUAAUACCCAGAUUUUGUAAUAGAGAAAUUUCCUUAUCAGGGGGCCAGGAGGAAGUGGGACCUGCCUAUUGUAUUAUUCAGCAGUGCUAGUUCAGAUCAGGGCAACAAACAGCUGUUUUUAAUAUAGCAUUAGGGUUUGGGGUUGAUUAGUAUAUAAUAGUAAAAAAAAACAAAUUGAACAUUAAAUUAAAUUUAAAUCAUGAAAAGAAUUGAACUACAGACAAUUUCAUUAGCUUAGUUUUGGCCUGUUGUUAUAGAAUGCCAUAGUAACUUUUGUAAUAGGAUCUGUUCUUGACCAAUUUACUGUACAUUCUGUGGGACUAAUUCUGCGUUCCUUUGUACUCCAAUUGCUCGUUGGCUACAAUGAGAUUUUGAUGUGUACAUAUGAACGCAGGAUCAGGUUGUCCAUGUGCUUGUAGCAGAGAAAACACAACAGCGAAUGUAGGCAACUUUUUAAAAUUUAUUAAAACAAAAGAAAUGA